AUGAGCUUCCAGACUGAGUCGAUGCUACAGAUGGACAGCAUCGCUGGAGUCAAUGCCAAGGACUUCAAGACGAAGAACCGCACUCGCUUUUCCCUCUGGGCUUGGGUGUUGCCCGUCCAUCUCAGGGGGUCCAAGUCGUUCUUGCAGCCCUGGGUCUUUGCCAUGGUAUCGACGCUGUACAGUCAGGCUCUAUACCUCACGCCGGGCAAGGUCGUCGUUCCCGAUCUAUGGCCAGGUAUCUUUGCUUCGAGGAGUAGCGGAUCUCGGCCGGGUGCCUUGUGCAGGUCAACUACGGGACGCUGGCCGCCUUUUUCUGUGAUAGUGCCACGAUGCGUCAACCUAUUCAACACCUGGCCAGUGGCCAGUGGAGCUUUUGACGCGGCCUCUCAAAUUAUCUUCAUUGUAUAGGGUGCUGCGGUGACAGUGACAACAGUUCCUCCCGGUGACUCUUGGCGAUGACCAGACGAUGUUUGCAACGCCGACGCCCGUAUCGUGUAGUGCCGGCUACAAGGAGGCUACCGCGCUCGAGGCAUCAAUGACUCGCAGCUAUAGAACUGCCCGGCCAUGUCGGCUACGCGACAGACCUGGCGCGGAAGGUGACACGAUUCUCCUCAAGUAUCGUCACCGUCAUGGCCGAGUUCAAUACGCCCGGAUCCGUUGACAGGCUACCUGAGCAUGCCGUUCAGCUGAAUGUUGAGCAUCAAGGCCACGUUUUCCGGACCCUCGUCUGUCUUGAUUUUUCCGGCGUC